AUGAAUAUUGCGUCCCGAAUCCGCCAGUACGGCCUGAGCAUCGUCCACGAGGCGCCGGACGCACUCGUGGAUAUCGUCUUUGUCCAUGGUCUAAACGGCCAUCCGCAUCGCACUUGGACUUCUUCUAGGACAGGGACCUUCUGGCCCGUUGAUCUGCUUCCCGAUGUGCUGAGCACUUGCCGAGUGCGCAUCUUAAGCUAUGGCUAUAAUGCGAAUGUCACCUCGUUUACGGACGGCGCAUCGAAGGAUCGUAUUCUGAAUCACUCUGAAACACUGGCGGCGGGUUUAGCCGCGAACCGAACAAUCAACACCUGCCCUGAAAGACCCAUUAUCUUCGUUUGUCACUCGCUCGGCGGUUUAGUCGUGAAGCGCGCCUUGAUUUACUCCCGCAGCCUUACAAACGAAAAGGUUGAGCACCUCCGGUCAAUCUACGUCUCUACUUUCGGAAUACUAUUCCUCGGUACUCCCCACAAUGGCUCUGAGAUGGCGAAAUGGGGGUCACUCCUGCAAAACAUCUGUUCUGCUGUGCUGCCUAAGAAGUUCAUGGAUUCUUCGCCCCAGCUUAUCAAGGCUCUCAAAACUAACAACGAGACGCUGCAAAACAUCAAUAGUCUCUUUUCGGACAUGGUCCCACGCUUCCACAUAUGUUUCUUCCAUGAAACACUGCCGAUGGAUGUCAAAGGAACGCGCGAACUGAUCGUGGAUGAGAGCUCCGCAGCGCCUCAGAUCGAUGGUGUCGAAAGGAUGGGAAUCGAGGCUGAUCACAGCCACAUGUGCAAGUUUGACGACGAGACCGCACCGGGCUAUGAGGCUGUUGCAGUGGCCCUUUUGCGAUUUGCCCGCGAAGCACCUGCUACAAUCCAUGAACGAUGGAAUGAGGAGGGAAGAACCCGUAUGAUCAUCAAGACGCAGAAAGCGAGAGAGAUAUUUGGAGAAGUGUCCCCGAGCAGCGCCUCAGAUCGCCUGGGUGAUAGGUCUGGGCCACGGCCUAGUGACGGUACGACCCCCCAGUCCUCAGGCGGUGCGCGUUCUAUUACUGUAAAGCAACAUGAGAUUGAGGAGCCCCUUGACUUCGUAUUCGACCACGGCCGCACUCGAUUCUCUUGA